AUUUGCCUUCUUCCUCUCCCAUCCGGUCUGCUUGUCGUGUUCCACGAAAACGGCCGAACUCCGGAUUCAUCGCCUACUCCUUUUUAAACGUCGAUUCGUCUCUUCAUCUUCUUCGCGACACUCGCCGAACUCUUUCGACAGCGAACGGAAGGAAAGCCAGGGAAACGCCGGACAAAUGGAGAAGAUCCAGCACGCGACGGUUCGCACCAACGGCAUAAACAUGCACGUGGCGUCGGUCGGCGAGGGCCCCGACACUAUCCUCUUCCUCCACGGCUUCCCGGAGCUCUGGUACUCGUGGCGCCACCAGAUGGUGUCCCUCGCGGCCCUCGGCUACCGCGCCGUCGCGCCCGACCUCCGGGGCUACGGCGGCACCGACGCGCCGCCAAGCGUGGAGUCGUACGCGGCGUUCCACGUGGUGGGGGACGUGGUGGGGCUGCUGGACGCGCUGGGGAUCGGGCGCGUUUUCGUGGUGGGGCACGACUGGGGGGCGAUCAUCGCGUGGUGCUUGUGCCUGCUCAGGCCCGACCGGGUUAAGGCGUUGGUGAACACGAGCGUCACGUGGUUCCGGAGGCUCAUGUGGUUCCCAAGUGAUCCGGAGAGGAAGCCCGUCGAGACGGCGAGGGCGAUGUACGGAGAUGAUUACUACAUUUGCAGUUUUCAGAAACCUGGAGAGAUUGAAGAGGACUUUGCAAAAGCCGAUACUGCCGUACUCAUGAAGGUGAUCCUCACCAACCGUAAUCCAAGCCCACUUCGCGUGCCUAAGGACUUAGGAUUCUCGGGAUUAAUCAAACUAUUCGAGCAGCACCAGGUCGAGUUGCCUUCUUGGCUGACCGAGGAUGACAUCAAGUACUUCGCCGCCGAAUUCAGCCGGACUGGCUUCACCGGAGCUGUGAACUAUUACCGUUGCUUGGACUUAAGUAGCGAGCUAUUGGCGCCUUGGGAUGGAGUGCCAAUCAAAGUGCCGACGAAGUUCAUAGUGGGGGACCUAGACCUCACCUAUCACAUUCCCGGUGUGAAGGAGUACAUUCACGGUGAUGGGUUCAAGCGGGCGGUGCCUAACCUAGAACAGGUGGUGGUGAUGGAAGGAGUGGCUCAUUUCCUCCAGCAAGAGAAGCCUGAGGAGGUCACUGCUCACAUUCAUGACUUCUUCAAGAAAUUCUCAUCCCCAUGAUCUGCAUCACUCUCUCCUCAAAAUUAAGGAGGAAGCAGUUGUUUUCCCCCCCUUAAUAAAGGACCAAACUGUUUACUUUUUUUUUUUAAAUU